CUUAUGCCGAAAUAAUGAUGUGAAGAUGGAUUCUAGUUCAAGAAACCAACAAGAACCCGGAGGUGACAUAUAUAUAUUUAUACGCGACUUUCUUGAAGGCACUGCACCUCAAUCCUAUGCCAAGGUUGUCUGUUUUCGGUUAACAGGCGUUAACAUGUCAUUUAAGCACAGGAUGGUUGAUCCGUUACCGGGCUCUGGCGACUUUGGACGGAGAGAGGAGGUCUAUAACCGGAGAGUGACGUGGGCAGAGAGCACAGCCGGUACAAGCGUUACUCACGAGCCCUCUGGAGUGAGGGAAUGUAGCGAUGAAUCUGAUGAUGGAAUAGAGGUGGAAACGGAUGAUUCUCUGCUAAAUGACGAGACACGACAGCCACUCUCAAGGAAGGUUUCAAUCCCAUCUUCGAAGAUCAAUCCCUACCGGCUGGUCAUCUCUCUUCGGCUUGUAGUUCUUGGAUUUUUCUUCCAUUACCGCAUUAAGAAUCCGGUCCGAGAUGCAUAUUCUCUGUGGCUAGUGGCCGUAACAUGUGAGAUUUGGUUUGCUAUGUCGUGGAUUUUGGAUCAGUUCCCAAAAUGGAAGCCCGUCAAUCGCAAGACAUAUUGCGACCGACUCACUCUGAGAUAUAACAGGAAAGAUGAGCCAUCUGAGUUAGCUGCUGUGGAUAUCGUUGUAACGACAGUUGAUCCUAUGAAAGAACCUCCACUUGUUACAGCGAACACGAUACUAUCUAUUCUUGCAGUUGAUUACCCCGUUGAGAAAAUCUCUUGCUAUCUUUCUGACGAUGGAGCCUCAAUGCUCACAUUCGAAUCACUUCGUGAAACAUCGGAAUUUGCAAGGAAUUGGGUCCCAUUCUGCAAGAAGUACGAUAUCGAACCUAGAGCACCCGAGUGGUACUUUUCGCAAAAAAUCGACUACUUACAGAAUAAGACUCACACGUCUUUCGUCAAAGACCGCAGAGCAAUGAAAAGAGAGUAUGAGGAGUUCAAGGUCCGUAUAAACGCCCUCGUGGCUAAAGCAAGAAAGGUCCCUGAUGACGGAUGGUUCAUGCAAGACGGAACCCCUUGGCCUGGAAAUAACACGUAUGAUCACCCGGGAAUGAUUCAGGUUUUCUUAGGUCAAACUGGAGGUCUCGACAACGAGGGCAACGAGCUCCCCCGACUAGUCUACGUGUCCAGGGAGAAACGCCCAGGUUUCCCACACCACAACAAGGCCGGGGCUAUGAAUGCAGUUGUCCGUGUAUCGGGAAUUCUCACAAAUGGACCGUUCUUGUUGAAUCUGAACUGCAACCAUUACAUAAACAACAGCAAGGCGUUGCAGGAGGCAAUGUGCUUCCUCAUGGAUCAAAAUUAUGCAGAAUCAGCGUGUUUCGUUCAGUUUCCCCUGAGUUUUAAUGGAAUCGAUGAGGAUGACCAAUAUGCUAAUCGAAAUACCAUUUUCUUUGAUAUAAACUUGAGAGGUUUGGAUGGUGUCCAAGGCCCAAUAUACAUUGGUACUGGGUGUAUUUUCGACAGAAGGGCUAUAUAUGGAUACGAUGCCCCGCUCAAGCCUAAGCAUAAAAAACCGGGAAUUUUCUCGAUGUGCUUUGGAAGCUCACGGAAAGAAAAGUAUCGGUCGAAUAAUCAGUCCAAGACAAAAAAUCCCGACAUAGAUAUGGAACAACCCAAUGCAGAAGAUAUUCAACAAGGCAGCAAAUCCUUGCAAUCAGGGGAUGGUUAUGUCAACGGGAAGUUAGAGCUGGUGUCACAAAUGAGGCUAGAGGAGUGGUUCGGACAAUCGUAUGUUUUCAUCGACUCAACCUUCCCACAGGAAGAGGGUAUCUCGCCAUUAAUCAGCACCGAAUCUCUCCUCAAAGAGGCUAUUCAAGUUAUCAGCUGUGGAUACGAAGACAACACGAGAUGGGGACAUGAAAUUGGGUGGAUUUAUGGUUCGGGUUCAGAGAAUUUUCUGACCGGACUAAAGAUGCAUUCGCGAGGAUGGAGAUCGAUCUACUGCAUGCCCAAGCGUGCAGCAUUUAAAGGGUCCGCUCCGACGAACCUCUCAGACCGUCUCAAUCAAGUGCUCCAUUGGGCACAAGGUUCCAUCCAAAUUCUCCUCAGCCAGCACUGCCCCAUAUGGUACGGUCUCGGCGGGCGGCUUAAAUGGCUUCAGAGGCUUGCGUAUAUCAACUCUACAGUUUACCCAUUGACCGCGAUUCCACUCACAACGUACUGUGCACUCCCAGCAGUCUGUCUGUUCACCGGAAAAUUCAUUUUCCCAUCGAUAAGCCUUGUAGCGAGCAUCACAUUCGUUGGCCUUUGCCUUUCCAUCCUCGCAACGAACAUACUCGAAAUGAGGUGGAGCAGGGUCGGCAUUGACGAGUGGUGGAGGAACGAGCAGUUCUGGGUGAUCGGUGGUGUCUCUGCCCACCUCUUUGCCAUCUUCCAGGGCCUGAUCAAGGCCCUCACAAACAUCGACCCGAGCUUCCACUCCACUUCCUCCAAAGACCGGGGAGGAUUUUCCGAACUCUAUAUGUUCAGAUGGACGAGUCUCCUCAUACCCCCCACGACUCUCCUCAUGAUAAACCUGAUAGGCCUAAUUGCCGGGAUUUCCUCUUUCAUGGAAAGCGGCCAUCACGCCUGGAGCAUCCUGUUCUGCAAGCUCUUCUUCGCUUCCUGGGUGAUUAUCCAUCUCUAUCCCUUCCUGAGAGGUCUAAUGAGCCACCAGAACCGAAUGCCAACCAUCGUUGUCAUCUGGUCGAUUCUUCUCGCCUUGAUCUUCUCCUUACUUUGGGUUAACAUCAAUCCUUUCACAAUUAGGGUGACCGGCCCGACCGUCGAACAGUGCGGAAUCAACUGCUAAUAUCAGUCACUCGCAUAGGAUAGAUUUCUCUAAGCUUUUCUAUUGAUUGGCGUACAGUUUUGUGAUUCGUUAAAUUAUCAAGCCGACACGAUUCUUCGGCAGAUCUCUGUUACCCGGAAAGUAGUAAAUUUAUAUACACAACCUUUUUCUUUA